AUGUCCUUGGAGGAGGGAAGCAGUGAAAUGCGGUUGAGCGGAGCAGCGUUCUUGAAGGGCGCUGUUGAUGAUUUCCAUGCGGGUAAAUCUUCUGCUUUGUCAUCUGGUAGCAGUCCUGCGCUUACUGUGUCUGUUUUUAGUACGCCGGCGUUCGGUUGUUCGACAUUUGGUAACUCAUCGCCGGUUUGUGGCGGCCAUGAAGCCAACUACGAAGCUGUUGCGCUCCGUGAUGCCCCCUUGAGCAGUCGAGGUAUCGUUGCUUGGGAUAGGAUGAAGUGUGAGAGCUCACUUUUUGUGAAACUUCAGGCGUCUUCAGGGUUGUCCGGAACCGACUCAGAGGACAUAGCUAACCCGUUAGUGGAUCUUUCGGAUGCUUGCGGAACAGAUGCCCUUUCCGAGUUGCGUGAGGAACAUCAACAUAUUUCUUCUGUUGCCUCUGAAAAGCCUUUGACCCUUCACGAUGUGCCGGAAUCCGUCCUGUAUGGUGCCAUUCCAUACCUUUCCCUUCCAGACGUCAUUGCCUUAUCACGGACAUGUAAGAAGUUUCACAAACUGGUGCAGGGAUACUUUGCAGUGAAUGAGCAUGGCGUGAUGAGCAUCCCCGCCUUUGACACCCGCAGCUUCAUGCAGUACCGUCCAGAGAGGAAACCUCCGGUAACGAAGGUCACAGCCGCGGGACCCGCCCCUAAAAUUCCUGGUGUGAAACCCAUCCGUCUGUUUUUUGGCCAGCAACGACGGGACGUUUAUCCCUCAGCUCUACGGCGUCUGCUGCGCUUCAUUGCACCUGACCUUGUUAUCACUCACAUGGAGGCUCACGUGAAUGAGGCAACUGGUCGGGGCAAAGGCUGCGCAUGGGUUAUUGUUCCUUCAGUGUUGGAGGCGAAACGACUGUUACGACUCAGUGGGCGUAUCUUCCUUGACAUAAAUUCUAAUGGUGAGGAGGUAUACCUGUUCGCUCCCCCUAACUGCCGAGAGUGGUUAAGUGAGUACGCCGACUACGUUGUCUCCUCAACAACUCGUGCAAGCCAUCUUCCGUACUUACCAAUGGUUGUUGGAGUACCGAAGAAGGAGUGUAUAUAUGUACGUGAGCUUUUGGCACCUUAUAUUUAUGAUCCCAAUCGCGGUGACUGUCCGCCAUAUGCCGACGCGGUUUCGGAGUUUAAGGGCUUAUUGGAGGAUCAUGCGUUACUUCCAGUAUCUUCCGCCGUAUCGGGCAUUAUUCCUCCUUUUGCUUCUGUUCCUCCUAUGGUGCAGACUUGCAUGUUUUCUUCCUCUUUUGAUCGUAGAGAAUACUUUGAAGCCCCCAACGUUUAUACCAGCACGGUGUGGACUGGCUUCAGUCGGUACCGCCAUGAUCCGUAUGUGUUUGAUCCACUACGGGAGCCAACGAACAUGUUACCGCUGCAUGAAGUGGAUUACGCUGAGAUGUAG